CCGAGUAAAACUCUGAAAUCAGUUCGGUCGGUCGGUCCACUUGACAUCUGUAUUGGAUUCCUUACAUACAUAUAGAGAGUAGUUUGAAAUUUCAAUGGAAAUCUCUGAAACAAGCAACGAUAGUUUUGAGAGUGCUCAAACUUGCCAAAGAGGUCACUGGAGACCGGCCGAAGACGAAAAGCUCCGGUUUCUUGUGGAGAAAUAUGGCCCCAAGAACUGGAAUUUCAUCGCUCAGCAUCUCCAGGGCCGGUCUGGGAAAAGCUGUAGGUUGAGAUGGUACAACCAGCUCGAUCCGAACAUCAACAAGAAACCCUUCACGGAGGAAGAAGAGGAGAGAUUGCUGAAGAUGCAUCGGACUCAAGGGAAUCGUUGGGCAUCCAUCGCAAGAUUGUUCCCCGGAAGGACGGAUAAUGCGGUCAAGAACCAUUUCCACGUGAUUAUGGCCAGGCGAAAACGCGAUCGUUUCUCCUCUCUCGCCUCCUCCUCAGCUAGUUUCAAGCGGAAUUGGCAAGGCAUCGCCACGACCUCUACUAGCCAUGGCUUCCUCCCUAGGGUCGACAGCUCGAACUUUGGACUAUGGAGAUCGCAAGACGUCAAGAAACAUGAGACGUGGCCUGGUUCUUGGACGUAUAAUGGAUCUACUGUCACUUCUGGUUCAUCAUUCUUCGAUGGCUUUGGAGCGAGGAGGUGUUAUAGUCCUAAUUUUUCUGUUUUGGCACCGAGGGAUUGUCAUAUUGGAUCGACUAAUUCGGUCUCCGAUUGCGGCCAUGGAAGUCAAGAAGAGACGUUUCGUGUGACCGAGAGUACAAAUCGUCACGGAGAAGCUCAUGGAAAGAUUGCAGAACAUGUUGAUGAUCAUGAUGAGGAGGGGAAGAACAAUGUCGCUUUCAUUGAUUUUCUUGGCGUUGGAUUAUAGUUUCUUAGGUUCGAAUAUCAUCACUCAAUUUCAUCAAGGA